UCACUCCGUAAUUAUGGAGGAACAUCGUAUUCACGUGGAGUGGGCCCCUCGGACGCCGGCACAGAACUGGGCACUUUUCGGCAAAUUUUCCACCCAGAGAGGAUGGCCAUAAGGCGUUAAGUAAUGCUGCGGUGUUUGUGAUGACUCUUUAAUUGCCAUAAUAACAUACUGUGCUGUAGGGGUUAACAGAACCAUAGAGAGGCCCUCUCUCUCCAUUCCUACAGUCAUUUCCACAUUAUCUGCCCUGCCAAAACAUGUAUACAUAUAAAGCAAUGAAUGAUAUAUGGAAACAGACAUUCACAUCUCUCUCAUUGUAUUUGUUGUUUUGAGUAAUACUUGACAAUACUUAAAAGGUUUCUAUUUCUAAUCCCAAGUACGUAUGAAGAGAAAGAUAGAGGCAGACUGACAGACAGAGAGACAGACAGUAUGUAUAUAAUAAUAUAUACACUAUAAUAAUAAUAAUCAUAUCAGACCCUCAAGGGAAUCAGUAAUUAGAUGGAGAAGCUAGAGGUAUGUGGAUACCUAAAAUAGGAAAAGGGGAAGAGGAAUAGGACGUGAAAGAGUGGCACAUGAAUGGCACAUGAAAGAGUGGGGGAUGGCGGUGCAUGUGCUGGAGAGAGAGAGAGAGAGAGAGAGAGAGAGCGGGACAGAGAGAGAGGGAGAGACAAGAGAGAAAGGAGGGGGAGAACUAUGUCACACACACGCAAGCACACACAGGCAGACAGAGACGGAUCUUUACAGCAGUGCAGCAUCGUGCAGAGGAAUGACUCCAUCCUUUCAUCUCCUCCCCUUCACAUGUGCGACGUGUCUUACAGGUGCUGAAAUUUGUGCCUUUUCUGGCUUGAAGGAGUGAGAUGGCAGAGAGACGUGACUGAACAGACGGAUUGAUGUUGAAGCUCUCAGGGGAGAGCACCAUGUCUUCCCCCAGUGGAGUCCUCGCAGUGUUCCUCUGCUCAUCCCUGUUUGGCAGCUGUCAUGCCAUGGCACUGACCACAAACAUGGCCACUAAGGCCUGGUCAAAGCUGGAUGAAGUCAGUGAACCGACUGACCACAAUCUGCCAUCGGACCUGCCAAUGUGGACUGCCUUGGCCGGUGGAGCCAAAAUGGCCGCAACGGCCUCUCCUCUUGAUCUGUGGACGCCGCCGUCGUCAGGGAACGCCGAAGAAAUAGACAUGCACAACGUAGGCUCACAGGGAGCUGUCGCCCAGCCGUCAAGUGAAUUCAAAUCUGCGCAGAGCGUAAUGGAAGAGGGGACUUUACAUUUUUCCGAGCCACACGGUCACUCUUUGGAAGCCGGCACAGACCAACUGGUCAACAGCCAGCCAUCAGACUGGGCAGAUGAGGAUCACAUGUCGGACAUCUACAUCAGACAGACUGAAGGGGACUUGACCUUUGACACAUCCUCCCUAGCUUCACAGACACCUCAGUCUUCUGUUGCUCCUCAAGACCGGAGCCUGAUGGACACUGGGGGUGCUGCCACCACGGCACCAGACAGGUCCUCAGUUACACCUGACACGGGCAUGUCGAUACCAGCUCUCCCACUUGACUCAGAUGCCCAUGGGCCAGCAGCCAGGGAUGAUACAGAUACAGGUUUAGACCCUGUUGCCAUGGAGCCACAAGGUGCAGGGACAGAGGUUAUGACCUCAGUGCUUCAUGAGGAAGAUGUUGCAAUAAGACCAACAGAGGAGGCAUCAUUGAUUACAGACUCGUUCAGAGAAUCAUGGGAUCAGUCCGACUUCAGGAGUCGCGCAGGGCCAUUUGGUGCUGAUGGAGUCAAGCAGGAGAAGGCAGGAGACCCGGGAGAGCACACACUGAAUGAUCCAGUGACAGCACCAGCAGCAGGGAGAUCUCUCCCAACAGUUCAUCCUGACGUUACAGGCCAAUCUCCAGAUGAUGCCUGGUCAGACACAGACUCACUCUCCGAGUCCUCCUCACUCCCUGACUGCAACGCUGUCACCACAGGGGUCUGCAACAGCUCAGAGACCUCAUGGGCUCCUGCUCCCCCAGGUGACGUCAAGGGCAACGCUGAUCCGGACGACCUCCCCUCGACUCCGUUUCUCAAGGCAACCAUGCCCCUCCUGGUCCCUCUGCGCUCGGACUGGAACGCCGCCAUGGCAACGUGGGGCCUGGCGUGGGAGGCCCACGUGUACGGGCUGGGCUGCGUGUUCGCGCUGGUCGCGGCCGUGUCCGCCCUGUGCCUACUGUGUCUGCCGCUGCGCUGGCCGUCUAGCUGCGGCCUGUUUGCCACAGCCCACUUCCUGCAGCUGCUGGUUGGAUCCAGCCGGGCCUUCCUGCUCUUCUACGACCCCUACGGGCAACGGGAGCGUCUCCCCGGCACGGCCUUUCUCCUGCUGCAUGAGGUGGCCUUCCCCUGCCUGACGGCCGCAUUCGGCGCGGUGCUGCUGCUGUUGUCGGCCCGCUCGCGCACGCAGCUGCUGUCGCUCUCCCUGCUCCAGCACUCGUCCUGCGCGCUCGCCUGCCUGCUGCUGAUGCACGUGGGCCUGGCCCUGGGCUCCGUGGGCCUGUGGGUGUUGCUGCCCAGCCUGCCCUGCCUCAUCCUCAUCCCGCCCGGGGCGUUCGUGACCUUGGCCCCCCUCCUCUCUGUGGGGUACCUGCUCUUCUACUGCUAUGCCCUAGCGGACGCUAAGCACAUCUACCGGCUGAAUGAGGCAUCGCCCGACCGAGUGGCCGCGCCUCGGGCCAGCCAGUGCCCGUUCUCGGAGGCAGGGGUGUGGGAGCGGGCAGCGGGCACUGGAGUGUUCGCCGCUCUCUUCCUGCUGGCAUGCGGCGGCCUGAGGCUCUAUGCCAUGCUGCUGGCGGCCGGAGCGGUUGGGGAAAGCCAAGAUGGGCUCCCUCCCUGGCCCUGGUGGGGGCUGCAGUUCAGCUUGCGCGUGUGUGAGGCCGGAGUGUGUCUCACGCUCGCCCUGAUCGUCACGCACCCUCUCCUCUGCUGUGUGAGCCAGGGAGGCGGCAUGCCCAAACUCCCAUGCUGGCCCGGGUUCACCUGGAGGUCAGGCGGCGGUGAGGCUGGGUCGGCCAAGCCAUCCCUGCUCGCGGGCGGCUAUGGCUGGUCCUUACGCCCUGGUGAAAAGCAUGGUCUCUGCGAAGGCUUCACACGCAAGGAGAGCGAGAGCGUGCCCCUCUACACGCUUGCGGACCAGCGCUUCUCAGAGACAGAUGGCCUGGACCUCCUCUAUCCCAGCACCCCCGUCGAUCAGACUGCCAAGAAGCUCGUCCACACUAAGCUCGCCAAGGCCAUCUCCACCGGGUCCUCCUUCAGCCUGGACGGAGGGGGCUACAGCGACUCCACUGUCGACCUGCGUCCCCCGUCUCCCAUCGACCUGCGGCGGAGCAUUGAUGAGGCGCUCUUCAGCGAGUCACUCUUCUCAUACAGCCUCUUCUGCACCUCCAGACUCUCCCUGAGCACCAGGGGCCCCCCGGACGGCCAGCCCUGCAGGGCCCCCACCUCUGUCGAGCCCAGCCUGUACCGUACCUCCUCCUGCGGGGAUGUGGACCUGCCCGCCGACGCCUCCAGACCCUCUAACAGGAGCAUCCAUGCCCAGAGAGGGGCCUGGAGAGGCAGCAGCUCAACCUCACUCUGUGGGGGGCACUUUGGAGGUGCGCCUCUCACGGUCUGCUGCAGUCAUAUACCAGGCCAGGAGGCCCAGGGGCCACCGGCCAGGCACCCAUCCCAGCGGAGGUACCCCACUCUGGGCUCAACCUCCUCCAGAGAGAGCCUGCGUGACCCGCAGCUGGAGCGGGAGCAGGUGGACGAGCUUGCUGUGCAGGCUGAGUUCAUCAACGUGUGCCGGCAGAUUGAUGCCCUUAGCAUCAGCAGUGACACAAUUGAUCUGUAGGAACCUUUGAAGAAGAGCACAUGUGUCUGUGGGUGCAAUGGUAUGGUUGCACUUACACAAGCUGGACUCAUGGAGGGAUAUGGACUGAUUGGUGUGGAUAUAUUUAAAAUCGAAAUGUUUUUCGAUCCAUUUUUAAAAAGCUUCCCUGAACUUUACUCUAAUGGAGAGGAAGAGAUUUAAUGUGCCAUCUUGUGGUCAUUUUUAUAGAGUGAAGAGCAGUUGAGUGGUAGCAGGAAAAGCCAACAGGCACUUUUAGGUUAAAAAUCUCUUACUCAAUUUCACAUUUGUAACUUGUAAAACAUUAUAAGUAUGUAAUGUUUAUAUGAUAAGAUAAAGUUUAUAAGUAUGCAUAUUUGGUAUGAGUAAUAAGGAUGCAAUAAAAGGGUACUAAAGACAGGUACUGUAUUAUGGUAUGUAGGUAGAGAAAAAAGAUCACUUUGAAGAAUAGUCAGGUAGUGUCCUCUGUGGGACUGGAAUGUGGACGUUUUGUUUUCACCGAAAAGCUCUCAGAAAAGACUUGGACUCUUCAGCAUCGACUCAUCUGUGAUGAAUGUGAAUCUCUGUGUAACGGUGUCGUGCUUUUCUGCCCUUAAAUUCGCCCUUUGAAGUGUUUCAAGCAUCCAUUUCAUUCCAAAGAAUCUCCCUCGCCAUGCUGUGCUGCUUACUGCUUAAUGCUACCAUUUUGAAAUUACAAUGAUAAUUUAUGUAAUGUUUUUCAUGUACAACUUAUAAGACUAUGCAAAAUAUAUUGUCAUACAAUAGGUGGCUGAAAAUACUAAUAAAAAAAGAUCCAGAAACUAA